CUACAACUAUUUAAAUUUAAUAAUUCUUCAUUCCGAUCUAUGCAAUUGAUAUUUUAUUGUUAUAAUAAAAUCACGUUUCGGGUAAUGGCUUCAGCUGCAAAGAAAAUCAAGCUUUCAAAGCCCUCCACAAGUGCCGAGAAAAUUACUUUACAAGAUUUUAUGAAUAGUAUUCACAAAAAGCGGGAAAAUACGGCGAAGUCUGUUAUAGAAUAUAAAUUUAAUAAAAAACGAGUAAGAAUAAUUUCCCAAGAGCAAAUGGUACCUGACAAAUGUAAAGGUAUCGUUUAUUGGAUGUCCAGAGAUAGUAGGGUCCAAGAUAAUUGGGCAUUUUUAUUCGCACAGAAAUUGGCUCUCAAGAACGAAGUACCACUUCACGUUUGUUUCUGUCUUAUUGCUAAAUAUUUAGAUGCAUCUGUCCGACAAUUUCAUUUUUUAAUUAAAGGCUUGGAAAAAGUUGCAGUUGACUGCAAAAAGUUAAAUAUACAGUUCCACUUGUUGGAAGGUAGUGGAGCUGAUGCACUACCAGAAUGGGUCAUGAAACAUAAAAUUGGUGCUGUGGUUUGUGAUUUCAAUCCAUUGAGAGUGCCAAUGGGCUGGUUGGAUGGGGUUAAGAAGAAACUUAAGAAAGAUGUUCCUCUUAUACAGGUAGACACCCAUAAUAUAGUGCCAUGCUGGGUUGCAUCCGAUAAGCAAGAGUAUUCCGCUAGAACAAUAAGAAAUAAAAUCAACUCUAAACUUGAUGAAUAUCUCACAGAGUUUCCACCAGUAAUAAAGCAUCCUUACACAAGUGAAUUUGAAGCAGAGCCAAUAGACUGGGAUGAUGCAAUAGAAUCUCGGGAAGCAGACAAAUCAGUUGGCCCGAUAGAAUGGGCAGGUCCCGGUUAUGAUGAAGCUGUCAAAACAUUGAAAAGUUUCUUAGAUACACGGCUUAAAAUAUUUGCCAGCAAACGCAAUGACCCCACACAAGAUGCUUUGAGCAAUUUGUCCCCAUGGUUUCACUUUGGUCAAAUAUCAGUUCAGAGAGUAGCAUUAUGUGUACAAGAAUACAAAUCUAAAUACACAGAGAGUGUGAACUCUUUUCUAGAAGAGGCAAUUGUUAGACGAGAGUUGGCGGAUAAUUUCUGUUUUUAUUGUGAACACUAUGACAGUAUAAAGGGUGCUAGCAAUUGGGCUCAAAAGACACUAGAUGAUCACAGAAAAGACAAAAGGUCACAUAUAUAUACUUUAGAAAAGUUAUGUAAAGGAGAAACGCAUGACGAUUUAUGGAAUUCGGCUCAAAUACAAUUAGUUAGAGAAGGAAAGUUGCACGGCUUCCUUCGAAUGUACUGGGCUAAGAAGAUUCUAGAAUGGACUUCAAGCCCCGAAGAAGCCCUGAAGUACGCCAUAUAUAUGAAUGAUCAUUUUAGUGUCGAUGGAAGAGAUUCCAGUGGAUAUGUUGGUUGCAUGUGGUCUAUUUGCGGUAUCCAUGACCAAGGCUGGGCGGAAAGGGCUGUGUUCGGCAAAAUAAGAUAUAUGAACUACGAUGGCUGUAAAAGGAAAUUUGAUAUACGAGCUUUCAUAGCGCGGUACGGUGGCAAGGUACACAAAUAUGUACCUAGCAAAUAAAAUCAUUUAAUUUUGCUUACCAUUAGAAGACUUUCCUAUUGAAGGUGUUUAUGAGAUUCGAAUACGUCAUUUUUAAGUCUAUCAGAAAUUCAUAUAAUUUUUUAUCUAUGUUGGUUUGGAAACUUAAAAUUUACCCAUUUUUUUAUGUUGAUAAGAAUUCUGCAGUUUUACUGAAUAUAAAUGAAAAUGUAAUAAAAAUAUAUAUACUAGCAUACCGGACAGAUUUCUCUUCUUUUUAAAUAUGAUACUGGACUGGUUUAAGUCAAUAAAAAAUCUAAUUGUAAAUCUAAAUAGACACAGAAAAUUUCAUCAAAAUCGAUCCAGCCAAUUAACAGUUUAAUUACAAACCCACGCAUAGAAUAUUUAUAUGUAUAAAGAUUUUAUCCACAUAUUGUUCUGAAACUAGAUAAAAGGCAUUUAUGAAUUUUAAAUUUAGAACUAUUAAAGUAACGUACUUUACAGAUACUUACUAAAUGUAUUAUUUGUAUUACUUAAUUGUCCGGACAAUUAGAUUAACGCGUUAUUCCAGUAUUUUUAUAUCACAAAGGUAUAUAUAUAUAUAUAUAUGAUUAAGUUACUUAAAGCGAAGUUAAAACUAAAUGUGUGUAACAUUACACGAACUUAGUCAUCGAAACAUUAUAAAUGUGUUUUUGUAAACCUUUUAGUUGAUUUCUCGAAUAAUCUGUUUUUUUUGU